CCACGCAGUCGCUCUCUCCCUUUCUCUCCUUUGCACCUCUCCGUCACCGCCCCCACCCAUCGCCGCGCCACAGCAUCCGCUUCUCUACACCCUGGCUCCCUCCUCUGUCACCGAGCGCAGCUCUUCGACAUCGGCGAGCUCUUCUCCGAUUGACUCUUAACCGACCUUGGUCUCCGUAUUCAAAAUAAAAGUUGAAUUUAGCCGUUAGGAGGAGAAAAUCCAAGAAGCCAAGGUUCUUGCGUCGUUCGAUCGCCCGGAUCCCUAAGCGUACGCGCGCCACGGAGUGCCUCGACACAGGCCCCUUCGUCCGAUCGAUCUCGGUCUGCCUCAUCUUUUUCACCACACUUCCUCCGAAGCCUGUCUGCCCCUGCGCUCCUGGCACGACUCGAUACAUCAUGUCGAAAGCACAAGCAGUCGGGUCAAAUCGAGCGGCGCAACGACCCAGAGCACUCGUCCGUUUCCUAAUCGGCUCUGUUGUGCUGGCCCUUGUCAUGGUGUCGGCCGCCGCUCAGGCCCAAGCGACAGUCGACAACACCUUCAACCCGCAAUCAGACUUUACCGCUAUCCAGAACCAGACCUCCCUCUCUGGCACCUGGUCCAGCGGGUCUGGCAAUGUCAAGACUGGCCUGGACUUCUUCAACCCCAUCACAAAGAACUUCACAGUACCGGCCACGUCGGGCAUCUCGUACAGCUUCACCGAUGACGGCUUCUUUGAGACGUCGACGUUCACCUACAAGUCGAAUCCAUCCAUGAACCGAUGUUUCACAGCGGCCCUGACAUGGCAGCACGGCACCUACUCGUUCAACGCCAACAACUCCAUCUCACUAACGCCAUUUGCCCCAGAUGGAUACGUCCAGAUCAUGGAUCCCUGCGGUGCGCAGUCGAUCAAGACCUACGUCUACAACCAGUUCGAGCUCAUUCCCCAGUGGGUCACAUACCAAGAUAACCACCCGGGCUUCCUGCCCGCCGGACAGACUGCUUGGGCGGUGCAGAUGUACAACGACGGAGGUAAUGGCGCUGUGGGCGCGUCAAAGUCGGUCAUGUGGCUCGUCAAGCGGCCGGCCGACAUGCUGCCCACCCAGCAGCUCUACCAGCAGGUCCUCAACCAGGCCCACGCCUGAGCUGAGCAUACUAGGCCCGCUUUUCCCUUCUUUUCUGUUCCCUUCCCACAUCGUCACCUGUACGGACUAUAUACAUCAACAUUAUCAAUUCUGGUCAUCUAUUCAGCGA